CUCGGCUAGUAUCUUAUAAAGCCAUACAGUAAAUGAAACUAUUUUUUUCACUAACCGUGCACCUCUCGGCUGCGCACUGCGUGCGUCUGCAGCACCGAGGCGCGCUCCCGUCGUGCUGCGCGUGCUCAGUGCGGAAUGGCGGCUGUUUUGGAAUCCGUGCUGCAGAGGAAGGUGGAGGCGAGUCAGGCCGUGCGGUGGAUCAGAAACGAGCAGAAGAAUGGGGCAGAAGCUUUGGUGAGCAUCGGGAUUCAGCGGAAGGACUUUGUGCCGUUUCUUCUGAACUUCCUGCGGGAGCAGGCCUGCCACGUCCUGGCCAAUGGUCCCUCCACGCCAGCCAAGACGCCCGGCCCGCAGGGCACCCGGACUCCCAGCUUCCUCGGCGACCGGCGGGGCUGCAGGGGGCCCUCAAAGGGAGCGUCCCGGGUGCAGCUGUUCUCCCCACCCCCCUGCGGCAGCCCCGCGGAGCAGGACCCUCCGGGAGCCCACUCCCUGAGUGGGAUCAGUGCCCUGAGCAGCCCAUCCUUCAGUUCGGGGUGGAGCCCCGCCCCGCGCCCCUCCGCGCCCGAGAGGCGGUCUGCCCAGCGCGCCAGUCUGGGAGACUUCCUGCUGUCGCCGCCGGAGCAGCAGCCCGCGCAGCGCCGCGGGCGCAGGAGGAGCGGGGGGGCGGGGCGCCCGGCGGGGCGGGGCCAGAGCGAGGAACAGGGGCGCUGGGAUAGCCCGGUGGGCGGGGCUGGCAGGAAGAGUGGCGGCAGUAAGGCCGAGCCUCCUGUCUCUCCCCAGCUCAACCUCAACAACCUGGAGGACUUCCCUCCUGUUGGUGCCUCUCCUGCCUCCCCUGUACGGACAAAGCCAUCUCGCCGGAUCAACCCGACGCCAGUGAGCCAAGAGCGCCCGCUUUCCAAGCCAAAGAACUGCUUCACCUCCACACCUGUCAGCAAGCCGCCCAGCCCGCCUUCUAUCCCAGAAUCCCCCGGGGCCGCUCCACAGAGGGGUACCCCAAAUGCGCUGCAGGAAGAGAGGGAGCUGCUGCGCAGAGAGAGGUCCAAACUGGCUCAGCAGAAUUUCUCCCCUGCCUCCCCUGUCCUGGAUCCUUGUACCCCCACUAAGCCCGGGAGCAGAGCAAGUUCUCACAUGCAGGCCGACCCCCUGGCCUCUUGUGCUGACCUCUGCAAAGUGACCUUCUCCAGUGAGCUGGACCUGCUGGCUCAGCUAUACUGCACCUGUGUUGCUGAGAACCUGGUGCCCAGUGUGAUCCUGGAGCUUUUCUUCGUGCUACAGCUGCUGACGUCUCGAGCUCCUCUCCCUGCCAAGGAAGGGAAGCUGUCCCUGGGUGAAUCCGAUGAUGUGCUGGAUAGGCACUACCUUGGGACUCUGCACAACUGUGUCUUCUUCGCCGUCAGAGUCUUGGAAAAUCAGUUUGAGCUGAUGUCGCACCUGGAUCAUGACACACUGCGACUGCUGGCGGAGAACGAGAGGGUGGCCUUGUUCUCGCCCGCCCUGCGGGACCGGCUGAUGGAUGCCCAUGAGAACAGCACUGCCAAGGUGUCCCCCACUCUGCUGCCUGUCAUUCUGUCAGUCUCCUUCCAGCCUGACACUGACAACCGCUCCAAUUUUCCUAACGAAAGGGCCUUCCAUAUCUUCAAGAAACAGAGGGAUAUUUUCUAUGAGUUGCUGAGAGAGUGGGAAGAUUAUCACAAGGAACCAGAGUGGGAAUUUGACCGAGUGCUGGGAAACAGAAUCAGGGCUAUGGUUAGUCAGCUGACUGCUGCUGGGAACCACAGCCAUUUCGCCAGACUCUUCCAGAAGCAGCUCCUCCAGAUGUGUAAAGGUCCUCACCUUCCUGGGGCUGGUGACGAGGCCCCGGACGCAGACCUGCUGGGGAUGCUGGGUGCAGACAACCUGAGCCGCCUGAAGAGACUUCAGGAACGCCUUAUCCAGCCGCAGAGCAUCAUGGGACCCUGCCCUCCACCUUCAUUCCCUGGGCAUCAGGAGUUCUUCAGGGAUUUCUUGCAGGCUGCAAGCAGCUGCCAGCUGAACCAGCACUUGACAGACAGCCUUUGCCAACAGAUUCUGGAGCUGGACUCUAUUGCCAUCCUGGGGCCUGGCUGUGCCAAGGAUGAAGGGGAGGGAGACAUGGAGCAGCAGAAUGAGAAGCUUCGCUUCACUUCGGUGCUGAUGACUACCCGUCUGUUGGCUAAAUUUCUGGGCUUCAUCACUUUCCUGCCGUAUCAAACCGCAGAGACACCAUCCAGAGAAAUUCAGGAGUCAGCUGUGGCCAUUCGCAACAAGAGUGCCCCUGUGCUGGAUGUGUCCAGCGUGCUGAGACGCGCGGUGGAGAAGCAGCGCACUGUGCUCACAGUCCCCUGGCUGGUAGAGUUCCUGUCUAUGGUGGACUACACUACCCCCUUCCUGCUCUACUACCGCGCCGUCUUCGCCAUGCUGCUGCAGGUCUACAGGCAGAUGGUCCUGGGACGCCAUGGAGAGAUGACCUACCUUAACCGGCUGCUGCUUGUGUCCGUGCUGGGCUGGCUGUUCCAGAUUCCAGCUUUUCCGGAAGAACUGUUCUUUGGCAGUGAAUUUGAGGAGGGUCUGAAGACUAUGGAAAGAUCUGCUGCCUCUGAAGGACUGGACUGCCUUAGCCUGGUGGACCAGCACCUGCUCUACACAUGCUGCCCUUACCUUAGUGAAUUUCGGAAACUGCUGGCUGCAUUUGUAGCAGGAAGCACAGCAAAAAAUGGGGGUAUAAUCCGUAAGAUAACGCCCACUUCGGCUGAGCCCCAGCAGCCCCCUGUUCCUCUGUCACAGCAGAAACUGCAGGCAGAGCUGGAGCAGGCCUUCUUCCACAACCAGCCCCCCUCUCUGCGCCGGACAGUGGAAUUUGUGGCGGAGAGGGUGGGCUCCAACUGUGUCAAGCAUAUCAAGGCCACCCUAGUGUCGGAGCUGGUGCAGAGAGGAGAGGCCAUGUUGAGAGAGGGGCUGAGUGAGGACCAGGCCAGUGUGCUGAAGCUCCGCGACUCCAUCUGCACCCAGCUGUGUGAGAAGGGCAGGGUGGCGCUGGACUGUGGACGACAAUUUUGUGCAGCGAAAGGCCCUGAAGCCAUCAGAGUGCUGCUCCCAGAAGAGACCUCGGCAGCGGUUCUCCAGACAUCCAAAGAUAUCACAGUGCGGCUGGCUACUGAGAAGGCCUGCAACUGGCUCUCCACUAACAUAGCAGCUCUGAUAAAGCGCGAGUUAAAAAGUGCUUUCGACCGGGUGACGAAGGCACAGUCCCUUUCCUCAGUGCCAGGAGAAGGAGAUAUGGGUGCUGUGAAGGAGCAGCUGCCCUCUGUAGUGAGUGAGACCGGGGCAACAGGGUCCAGAUGCCCUGCAGGCUGCCAGCACACUGCCAGGCUGCCAUCUGACCUCAUCAUUGAGAUCAAGGAGGUGCUGAGCUUUGCAUUCGGCCCGCGCACAGAGGAGGAGCAGGUGGGCUUCCUGCAGCUCUGGGAUCUGCUCCUGGGGGUGAGGGAGGCGCUUCACUGCGGGAAGUUUGUCUCUGCCGUCCCAGAACAGAUGCUUGCCCGCUGCACAGUCCUGCUUGCCAGUAAGCUGGUGUCUGGUGAGCUUCCCCUGAGAUCCGCUGACCUUCCCGAGACUGUGUCCGAGCCUGAAGCUGACCCGGUGAAGGGCCUGCUGGAGCUCCUGCUCAACCUCUGGAGUCAGGACUUCUGCACACCAGCUCCCCUCCAGCUCCUGUUCACUGAGUACAACAUGGCAGCCAUCCUCAGGGCUGGAGACACUCAGAGGAGCCACUUCCUGUUCCUCACUAAGCAGCUGCUGAAGAAGGGGCUGCUGGGACAGGAGGAGGUAGCUGCUUCCUGGAAGAGGCUGCUGGGACAGGAGGAAGAAGGUGUUUGCUGGAAGGAGCUGUCGGACUUGUCCUGCCCCACGGACUGUAAGGGAAAGCCAGAAGGAGUGUGUACUGGAUCUUUGCUGCUAAGCCUCACACAGCAAAAUCAUGAAGAUGCACUACAGAGCACAGAUUGAACAGUAGGGGGCACCAUUUACCAGAAUAAUUACAGCUUGGGUUUCACCCAUGUACUAGGCUUGUGGUGUAAAUGAGGAGAAUCUCAGGACAACACCAUAAAAGCCUCACAAGCAAAUAUAAUUGAAUAUAUGUUAUAGCAACAUAUGUAAUGUUGCAGCUCUAUCAUGUCACUUCAAACCAAAGUCAAUGACAGUACACUAGACUUGUACAACUGUAAGAUAAGGUAAAAUGAAACUAUUGCAUUAGUCGUCAACAUGCUUAAAAUGUUCUUUACCAUUUUCCUUUACAGUGUUGGCACAUGUUGGAUUUCUUUUAUGGAGAAUUUCCAUCAUUAGCACAUGUUUGUUUAAAAGGGUUUUCUUAUUUUUUAAUCACACUUGACGUUGUGGUAGAUGUGCAUUUGGUGUUUUAAUCCUGUUCUUUACUCUUUAGCAUGACCGCAUUCCUGUGCUGAGACUAACUUGCCAGGGAAGUUAAGGGUGUCUAAGAGGGUACAGGAUACUUUCCAGAGACCCGCAUUUCAGACGUAUGAGUUUUGCUGGUACCUGCCGUAGCAAAGUAUAGCACUGGUGCUGAGUUGGAGCACCUCUGUUUUGCCCUGGCUCUGAAUACCUCCCAGUAAGCCGAAAUCAGGCAAGGGGAGCCGAGAGACAGAGGGAAGGAGAGAUGCUUUGUCUUGUACAGUUCCAGUGUCUGUUCUGCAUGCCACGGUGUUCUUAUCACAGGUAUCAUUUUUUAAAAUAAGACUUAAAUUAAAAAUCCUACAUUUUGGAAGGGGAACACUGUUUAUAGAAUGAUCAUUAAUUCAGAAUUAAAACUCAUUAGUGUGGACAGUGUAAGUGAUAACCACCCCAGUUCCACAUAUCAGCUGUUUCAGUUGGUGAUCAGACUGCACUGGGCAGCAGGGAAGUGUUAGCUCAGUGAGUGAGUCCGCUGUGUUCUCUGUCUGCUGAGUCCCUCGCCUAGUCUGGCAUCGUCUGGCUGUGAAAAAGCCUUACAGAAAGAAAAAUGCCUUCUGUUCUGCUGCUUGUUUCAUGAAUGCCUUUUUAUCACAUUUGUGAUUUCCUGUGGUUCAUAUUGGACUAAGUACUGUAUACUUUAUGUACUGAUUUUAAGAUGUUCACUUUUGAAACCAUUGAAUAAAAAUAAAAAGGUAAUGUUAAAUGA